UAGUCUGUGCAGUCGAUGUCCAGUAUAGAGUGAUGCCAGUGUGUUGACGUUUUGCGGAAAUAGCUGAGCUUGUGUUUAUAAGAAGAAAUGUUUGUUCUUGGUUUCUGUGGGAUAACAGUGCAAAAUUAAUGCUAUUGGAUACAGUGACUUGGUGAAUUGUGUUCAAAGGCUUAUGGGAAGAAGGCGCGUGGAUAAAGUUUGCCGACAAACAGACAAUAGGGCAAUUGAUGUUUGUUAUUAGUGGAACUUUUGGGCAAUGUUACGAUAUUGCCAUUUUAUCUUCAUGUCAUCGGUGGUACUGAAUCUGAUUUCUUGAAUACCCAGUGACACGAUGCAGGAUGGAUUCUUCAGGCACCAGAUUUGGUCCAGCGGGCGAUGCUUCUCAGGCUGUCUACUCGGUCCGAUACGGAACCCCUCCACCACAUCCUCGGCGACCAUAUCUUCAGUUUCCUCCACCUCCACCUUAUCCACCCCCGGACGAACAAGAAGAACAGUCUGUGGGUAACAGUGAUGGUGAAACAUCGCCUCCUCCGUACCACAUCCAGGAGUCUCAUUUCCGAAGGCAAUGUGCUCCUCGGGAGUACUCGCCCACUCUGUCAUCAUCAUCAACAUCCCAUUUACUUCAUCCAUCAGUCAGAUCUAUAGAUGUAAAUCGCUGUGGCCAUCGCGAGAGUGAUUUGCGCCAAAUGGCAGAUGAAUUUGGCCAGUUCUCUGAUGUUGGUCGAGUGAACUGGACACAUUUCCAUUCUCCAGUGGAUGAUAUGGAGAUGCAGCAUGACGAAAACCGUAGACUGAAGAGCAGUGUUUGUCCGCUGGUUGAGAUAUGUGAACCAGAAGGCGCUGAAUAUUCGUAUGCAUAUUAUGAACCCGGUCCUCCAACAAGUCAUGCCAAUUUUGUGGUGAACAACACUAACGCCAAUCCGCACAGUGAGCGGAACAGCAGACACACUUAUGUGACUCGCUACGGUACUGAGGAGAAUAUUUAUGAGGAGAUAACCGAAGUCGCUGCAAAGUGUUCACGUCUGGCAGAACAGGAUGACCCUGUUCAUCACCACCGUCGGCAGCAGCAGCGUAGCGACAAUCACCAAUCUCAGCUGUCCCUAAACCAAAGCGUUUUGGAGGAAGAGGUCAGGCGCGUGCAAUGUCGACACCGCCGUGUCUUGGGGGAGCUCAACCUGGCAGUUGAAGCCAUGCUGAUGCCGCCUCCACCCCCGAAAGAUGAAGAGACUACGGACGAUAAGGGUUCUGGCCCCCCCUUUUCACUGGAAGACUUGUUGCUGUCUGUCGGACCUACCGAUGAACUUUUGUCGCCAGCAAGUUGUAGCAUCGGUGAUCAUGAUAGUGGUUUCAGUGGUAGUUCAGGGACCAGUUACGGGUUUAGUGGCAGUAGCGGUGCAAGUGUCUUGAGUGGCAACAGUCUCAGAAGACACGCCUGUGAGAAUGGUUCGGGAUCUUCCCAGAGCUUCUCCCAGACCGCGGGUGCCAAUGUUCCUGUCAGUGCAACGUCUGCACGUGUUUAUUCGCCAUUGUUACAUCGUCGGGCGGUCAAGAGUGGCGCGGGUUGUCUCAGACUCAGCAGAACGCGGGAACCUACAAAUAGUUGUAAAGCCCAGCAUCAAAAUAAACAGAAUGAACUGCAACAGAACCAACACCACGGAUUUUUUGGACGGAAGGGCUGGAUUCGUCUUCCGGGAUUUGGUAGCAGUCAGCCCAAUAAAGAUGAACCCAGGAUGCGGUCUGGAUCCUGGGAUGACUCUGGCAGUGCAGGUGGACACAUUGUUGGCAACCCAGAGUCUGGCGUUUCUCAUCGUCGGUUGGACCAGUCUCAGCGUGCUGUGAGUUCUGAAGAGAGCUGGUACUCAGGCGGAUCUGACCAAGAAUUGUCAUCUGGUGAUGAGAGCGAGAAACAUGAACUCUCGGUAACAAAAAGCAACGGUCAGCUGAAGACAACUCUUAAUAAAGCCCGCACGCUAUGUGACAAGUGGAGAGGUGGAGGUAGGCAGACCUCAGAAUCCAACUGUACACCUCAGUCAGGAGGAGGUGAUCUUGCAGGACAGGGCCGCUUAUCACGGUGGUUUUCAAUUCGUCGAGGAUCAAGCAACCAGUAUGAUGUUGAUAAUACAGAGAAGGUGGCUGGCAGUGGCAAGAUGCCCUUGUUACCAGAAGUGGAGGAAGACUCAGCAACAAGCUUUGCUGACUUGCCAUGUGCAUUCCAGCGACGACAGUUGCCUCCCUCACUGCCUCCUGCUCCAGCUGGACUCACCCCUCAGCAGCUCAAAAGGCGUCACAUUGUGGCCGCCAUAGUUCACAGUGAGAACUCUUACGUAGCGACCCUCCAGAGGCUUGUCAAUGAUUAUAAGAAGCCCCUAGAAGAAAGUAGUCCACCAAUACUUAGCAGCUCUAAGAUAUCAACCUUAUUCCAUCGCUUGCCGGAGAUAUUACAGUGUCACACGUUGUUUCGAAUUGCUCUGGCGGAGAGCAUUCGCAACUGGGAUCAUGAUGAGAAGAUAGGAGAUGUGUUUGUGGCAAGCUUUUCCAAAGCAAUUGUGCUCGACAUCUACAGUGGAUUCAUCAACAAUUUCUCUGUAGCCAUGGAUCUAGCAAAGAUGGAAGCUAAGCGGAAGUCAGCACUGGCUGAUUUCCUCAAGGUGAAACAGAUCAGUGCGCACGAUCGCUUGUCUUUCUUCGGACUUAUGGUAAAGCCUGUGCAGAGGUUCCCGCAGUUCAUUUUGUUCCUGCAGGAUUUACUGAAGCACACUCCACAGGGGCAUCAUGAUCGCAUGUCCCUGCAGUUGGCCCUCACACAACUCGAGUCUCUGGCCGAGAUGUUGAAUGAGAGGAAGAGGGAGGCAGAACAGUUUCAGGCAUUCAAGGAGAUGCUCCGACACAUCGGUGGCAAAUUUACAGCAAGGCCAUUAUCUGAUGGCAAUCGCUACCUUCUCAGGGAAGACAAUGUCACACAGCUGGAGUUCAAUCAGGCGGGCAUGAUCACAAAGUCUAAAAGUCGCCGCUUGCUACUUCUGAAUGAUCUGGUUGUGUGUGUGUCUGUUGCACCCAAGGCAGCUGAUGAUUUUGGUAACAGUGAACGUCUCAGCCUCAAGUGGACAUAUCCAGUUACUGACGUUGAGGUGCAGGAUACAAGUGCCUCUCCAACACUGAGCCGUCUUCUGACAGCCGGGUUGAAUCGAGGGAGUAGCAUAAAGUCGGAUCGGAGUUCCAACUCCUCAGAAUUAUCGUCAAACACUGUUGGUGUGGAUAACUUGUGUGCUGAGAUGAACACCCUCAUGCACGACUUUGAAGUAGUUAGCCGAAUUGCAGACCUCGUAUCCACCCUCAGGGGUUCCUAUAAGGAACUGAGUGUUGAAGGGAUGAGACGAAUAUUGAACACCAUUCAAAGUUCAAUUCAGCAAAAGGAUGAAGAGAUGGCCUGGGUUGAUUCCUGUUGCUUGCAGCUUGCUGUGAAAAAUAAAUCCAACAAAGAGGAAAUCUACACUUUCCAAACUGAUAACCCAGUGGUGAAGAAAGAAUGGAUCACUGAAUUGCGAUUGGCUCAGUUGGCACUGGACCCCAACAACUCCCCAGCGUGGGAGGUACCUGAACAGGAGCGGCGACCUUCCACUAAGAUGCCACUGUUUGUCAGAGCUCAGUCCGUAUAUAAGUCACAGCAUCAAACCGAAGUGCGCUGUGGGUGUUUCUAUGCGGCAAGCUCAACAAAGCCAACACGUCGACGUUCCCGCAACAACAAUUACCUCUGGGUUUGUACAACAGAUGGUGCUAGUAGUCACAUAGCAAUUUUAGCGCAGCAGCAGCAGCAGGCAGGAACGCUGAAGGACGUUGGGGCAUUUGACUUGGUUGAGACCAAGGUCACUGCUAUGGAAUUUGUUCGGGGCAUUUCAGGAUCAGCGAGUCUCUGUGGUGAUACUGUAUGGAUGGGAACUGACAGGAGACGAUUACUUCUUUAUGCUGCUAGUGAGCCAGAGAAAGAGGAGGAAGUUGGUAGCUGCUCAGUGCCAGCCGUGAUCAUUCAGAUUCGAUGUCAUUGCGACUGUGUAUUUGUCGCUUUAGCAGAUGGAAACCUGUUGCAGUAUACACGUAAUCCGCAGGAUGGUUCCUGGGCACUCAAAGAUCCGCAGACUCUCUCUCUGGGCACGGAGCCUGUCUCAUGCCUUCUCCCUAUUAACAUGUGUCUCUAUGCUGCCUGCGGCAAGAAGGUGUGGGUGCUCAGUGCUUUGACAGGCGAGAUACAGAAAAGCUUCAGUGUUCAGCAUGAACAUGUUGGUAAUGUGAAUCUGAUGGCUCAUUCUGGCAUUGGAUUGUGGGUGUCUCUUAAGAAUUCAAGUACCAUCUGCCUGUACCACACGGAAACAUUCAAACACCUGCAGGACAUCAAUAUAGCUUCCAAUGUACUCCGUGUCACGUCUCCAUCAGCAGGUUCCAAUGACUGCAGUGACCGAGAUUGCAUCAACAGUAAGGGAUCAUCUGUAACGGUUACUGCGCUAAUGGCUUGUAAAGGCUUGCUGUGGGUUGGAACCAAUGUUGGAAUAAGUCUGACAAUUCCUUUGCCACGACUGGAAGGUGUUCCAAUUAUCAGUGGGAGAGUGAACAUUUCCUACCAUGCACACUUUGGUCCAAUCUCGUUCCUAUUAGCCUUACAGCCAAGGAGUACAGGGGUCAACUUCCAUUCACCAAAGCCACAGGAGGAAGAAGAAGAAGUGAUAGAAGGUAGAGGGAAGGAAGGAAAUGAAUUAGGAAACCAAGAGGAACUAGUAGAUAAUGCAGCAUCAAAAAAGAGGCUGGAGAAACAGAUCUCUGAUACUUCGGUAUCAAGCAGCGUUGCAGCCAAAUUGAAACAUCAGCUGACUAGCAGCCCUGUAGUGUUAAGGCGUCGUAAACACAAGGAAUUAGACUCAAUAACACGGCGUACCUCAAAGACAUUACCUCGCGGCUUAGGAUGUGGGGGUGGUUUCCUCUCAACGUCAACAACAUCUUCGCAAGGCUCUGGCGACACGUGUGAUGUUUAUGGUCUGUAUGGGGAACUGAUGUAUGUAAAGGACUAUGAAGGUGAGGAUGGUGCUUUGAAUGGUGGAACUGAUCCAAUCUAUGAGUCCCUCCGACGUAGUGACCCGGAGUUGGCAGCAAUUCCCGGUAAAGUUAGCACGUUGGAUCGUCGAUUAAGGCUCAAAGCGAGUCGUCCGCGUUCGUUAGAUCUGUCGAACUGGUCUGUUGACUCUCGCUCCUCAUCUGUGUAUACAUCCUCUGGGUCUGAAGAGACACUGGCUUUUAGAAAUGGGGGUGGGAGCAGGAAUGUUUCCAGACAUGGGAGCAACGUCAGUUCAUCUGCUCAAGCCACAAAUGGCUCUGCUGAUAUUACCACAAAUGUUCCCAUAGAAUCUCCUGUGGAUCUUCCUAGUUCUGUGGUUGAAACAAGUUCAAAACCUACACAUAAAGGCGCUCCAACACCUGCAGACACUUCUCGUAGGACUGUGAUUACUCUCAUGGGUGGCCGAGGGUAUGUAAACUGGAGACAGGCAUGCUGUUAUGCAGCUGAUGGUAAGAACAAACACUUCUCUACGUCCUAUCCUGAACCAAACAGUAAUGAUGCACAUAUUGUGAUAUGGGAGAUGAAGUUGUGAUAUCAGAUUGAUGUGUCGCGGACAUUGAAUGUCACCAAAUUAGUCCCCAGUUCUUCUGUAUUGCACUUCCAGUUUAUUGUUACAUCAUGUAUUGUAUUUCCUGUCUUUUGCAACACACUCGGAUGAGGAAUGGAAUCAAACGUGGCAAAUAUUUUGUUAUGGGUAUGUACAAAUACAGGUAGUUUGAUCCUUCUGACAGAUAACUAAAUUUCUGGGAUAUUGUGCCAUCACAUGUAUGGAAGUAUGAUGGAACACACUGCAUAAUAUUAGCUGCUGUAUCUUAACAUAACUCCAUUAAAAUUUAUAACCACCCAUUCAGAUGUAAAAGGAAGAAAGCAAAAUUACUUUGUCAGAGCUGUAAGCAGUGGUGAAAUUGAGUUGAUGCCAUCUUACAAACACCAUUUGGGAAGCAGUAAUGACAACAUAGCUUCACCAGUGGCCAGCUAAUUCUUGAAUUUGUUGUAUAGGUUGAUUUUUUCUUCUGGCCUGUUGUUGAGACAUGUCACAUU